GUUCCGGGUCUCUCUGCGGCUUCUGUUUGACGCAGCCGCGCGCGCGGCGGCCGCGUGGAUGACCUGUUGGACUUUGACACAUUCCCACAUCUCGAGGAAUCGUCUGCGGGUCCGAGCGGGACCAUGACGGACUUGUGGGCCUCCGUGGCGGUGCUGUGCGCCGCGGUCCUCCUCUGCGAGACGCUCCGGCGCGCGGGGGCGCGUGUCCUCGCGGGAGCUGGCUGGCUGUACCUGCUGGAGGCGGUGUCCACCUUCCAGCUCUGCUGCUGCACCCACGAGCUCAAGCUGCUGGGGGAGAUGGCGCCGCCGGAACCGGCGCUCGGUUUGACCCUCACCUACAUGAUGACGGUUGUCCACGUGUUGACGUUCCGGGAAGCGACGUGUAACCCCGCGGCGGCGCUGGAGAAAGUUUGUCGCGGGACUUCUAGCCUCAAAGCUGCCGCGCGGGUCGUCGCGUGCCAGUUCGGAGCGGCGUUCGCCGCGCGGUUCUUCGCCCGGUCCGUGUGGUCGCUGGGUCUGUCCGACAGCCACGUCCGGCACCAGAAGUUCGGCUUCAGAUGCUUCGACCCACUUGGAGGGACUUUGCUGGAGGCGGCGGGCGCGGAGCUGGCAUGCGCGUUCGCCUUCCAGGCUGUAGUCAUGCACGCGCACAGAGUGGACGAGAAGCUAAGAGUGCACGUGAUCGCCGGUGUGGUGACGGCUGCCGUUUACGCAGCUGGAAACCUUUCCGGAGCAGUGUUUAACCCCGUCCUGGCCUUCUCACUGCAGUUCCCCUGCAGUGGUCACUCUUACCUGGAGUACUGCUUCGUCUACUGGCUGGGACCUGCUUUAGGCAUGGCGAGCUGCAUCCUUCUCUUCGAGAAAAUCCUCCCCUUCCUGUCUGGAAGGAACGCCGCCGAGGCCGACAGACCCGAGGUCCGGAUGCAGAAGAUGCAGUGAGAGUGGAUGGAUGAGCAGUUUCAGUGGGAUCAAAAGGGUUGAAUUCUUAUAAUAAUUGAAUAAUUAUGUAAAUAUUGGUUCUUUAGUCCAACAGAAGCACAAUAAAGCUGCAGAAGGAGCAGUUCACUACAUAACACUCUUAUUAUUUUAAAUAGAAAUAUCAAUAAAAAAAAUGUUUUAUCCCACUUUAGAAUGAAAACGCAUGCUUUUACUUUGAAAAGCUGGUGUGGAUUUCCUCUCAAUGAUCAAAUGUCUUUUCUCUGUUUAUUUAAAAUAUGGGAAUUUCCUGAUUCACAAAUGUCAGUUAUUAUUUUUUUUACAUUUAUUAAAAUACUAAAAAGAACUUCAGCUUCCUAAAAUUGUAACAAAGAAAAUUUAGUAGCCACUUUAUUAUCCAUUUAUUAUUUUACUUAUUUUGAAAUUGAUAAAAUAUAAAUAGUAUAAAACAUGAAAAAAAACAUCUAAUUUAAAUGAGAAAAAUCUAGAAAUGCUAACAUGAUUGAGUCAUAGGAGCUGACGAGCAAUAUUUUCCACAAACUUUAAAAAAAUAAACUGUUAGAUUAAUAUUUUAGGCUUCAGUUUUUAAGUGAAAGAAUAUAUAGUUUAAAUCAAGAAAAUGUAAGUUUUUAGAAAACUAUGGAAAAAUUAUCUUAAACUAAGCCAACAAUUAAAUAUUUGGUAUUAAAGUGUAUUUAUGUAUUUAUAUGUUUCUAUUUACAGCAGGUGUUUUACCUGUAAAACUUUAAGUCCAGGUGAUGUCACACAUUCACAUUAAAGAUAUGUUUGCACAAAUAUUAACAAAAUCCUUAAAUCUAUGAACUUAUAUUGAGCACAUUAUGAAAAGGAUUAGAACUGACCUCAGAUUUAAGGUUUCUUUCUUUGAUCGUUUGAUUUUAUUUUAAAGGCCCAAAACCGUUUUAAUUCUUCUUCUUGAUUUCUCUGUUUUGCUGUUUGUCUGGUGGAUAUAAUUCUGUGAACACAGAGCUAUAAGGAAUCAAAUAUGAUGCACAGGAUCAAUAAACAAAUGAUUGUAUUUCUAUACAAAUGUUUUUAACUUUUAUGGCUUAAUCUAGGAGUAAACUUUUUACUGUUUGUAAUUAAUAUAAAGUUGAUGUUUUAUUGAAAAUCUAAUAAAAAACAUUAAAAAUC